UUUGUCCAUUCGUCAGUUUUCGGGCGAGGAGGCAGCGCAAUAUUUAGUGGAUUAUUGAGUGGCCUGCCAUUAGUAACAGAAAUCAUGGCAAAAACUAUGUCACAGUCUCAGAUGAAUAAGGAGCAUGCCCUUGUUGUAUCCAGAGACUUCAUCUCCCAACCUCGUCUGACAUACAAGACAGUGUCGGGUGUGAAUGGGCCACUAGUAAUCCUCGAUGAGGUGAAGUUCCCCAAGUUCUCAGAAAUUGUACAACUGAGGCUUGCUGAUGGCACCCUACGAUCGGGACAGGUGCUGGAGGUCAGCGGCUCCAAGGCCGUUGUACAAGUGUUUGAGGGUACAUCGGGUAUUGAUGCCAAGAACACUCUCUGCGAGUUUACCGGCGACAUUCUGCGUACUCCCGUAUCUGAAGACAUGUUGGGCCGCGUAUUCAACGGAUCUGGAAAGCCAAUUGACAAAGGUCCCCCGAUCCUGGCCGAGGCCUUUUUGGACAUCCAGGGUCAGCCCAUCAACCCAUGGUCACGUAUCUACCCGGAGGAAAUGAUUCAGACCGGUAUCUCCGCCAUCGAUGUGAUGAACUCCAUCGCUCGUGGCCAGAAGAUCCCGAUCUUCUCAGCAGCAGGUCUGCCUCACAACGAAAUUGCCGCCCAGAUCUGUAGACAGGCCGGUCUUGUCAAGGUCCCCGGCAAAUCAGUUCUGGAUGACCACGAGGACAACUUCGCCAUCGUGUUCGCCGCCAUGGGUGUCAACAUGGAGACGGCCCGGUUCUUCAAGCAGGACUUCGAGGAGAACGGCUCCAUGGAGAACGUGUGCCUGUUCUUGAACCUGGCCAACGAUCCCACCAUCGAGAGGAUCAUCACACCUCGUCUGGCGCUCACCGCUGCCGAGUUCUUGGCUUACCAGUGUGAGAAACACGUGUUGGUCAUCUUAACCGACAUGUCUUCGUACGCCGAGGCUCUGCGUGAGGUGUCCGCCGCUCGUGAGGAGGUGCCCGGAAGACGUGGUUUCCCAGGUUACAUGUACACUGAUCUGGCCACCAUCUACGAGCGCGCGGGUCGUGUGGAGGGCAGGAACGGAUCCAUCACCCAGAUCCCAAUCCUGACGAUGCCCAACGAUGACAUCACCCAUCCCAUUCCCGAUCUUACGGGGUACAUUACCGAGGGACAGAUCUACGUAGACCGUCAGCUGCACAACAGACAGAUCUACCCGCCGGUGAACGUGCUGCCGUCUCUGUCUCGUCUCAUGAAGUCUGCCAUCGGGGAGGGCAUGACAAGGAAGGACCACUCAGACGUCUCCAACCAGCUGUACGCUUGUUACGCCAUCGGUAAGGACGUGCAAGCGAUGAAGGCCGUGGUGGGUGAAGAGGCGCUCACCCCUGAUGAUCUCCUCUACCUGGAGUUCCUCACUAAGUUCGAGAAGAACUUCAUCUCACAGAGCAACUACGAGAACCGUACCGUGUUCGAAUCCCUGGACAUCGGCUGGCAGCUGCUGCGUAUCUUCCCCAAAGAGAUGUUAAAACGUAUCCCCGCCUCCGUCCUGGCCGAGUUCUACCCCAGAGAUUCACGCCACUAGGCGACCCAAGCACAAUGCGACGCAACGCAAUCCAUUGCGUUGCCAUAAUAAUGCGACAAAACGCAAUCAAUUGCAAUUUCCGCACUAAAAGGCGCAACGCAAUUUAUUGUGAUGCCGCAGAAUGCGACAAAACGCAAAUCAUUUAAGAUAUAUAUAUAUAUACAUAUUUUAUGAAUGCAAUUCAUUGCGUCAACCGCAUGUACGACUUACCGCAAUUAGUCAUUAUGACAUACGCAUAAUGCGGAGUGACGCAAUCGGUUGCUUCUACGCUUAUUUCGACUACGUAACGCCGCGACAUAUUUAUUAUAAUAGUUCCUCCACCAACCAUGUUUCUUACUAUACCUAUAUAUAUUUCUUACUAUAUAUAUAUAUAUAUAUUAAUAUAGAUGUUUUUGUGUUAUUUAAUCGGUAUAAUUCAAUGAAUUAUUUAUCAAUUUCUGAUUUUUUAAUUUGUUUUUCGAGGUCGAUAAAUUUAUAAUUUGGUGCUUUGUUGAAUAGCCGCGUUGCAGUCGCCCUGUAAGAUAUAUUAAUAAGUUGUUAAUAUUUAAUUUAGACCGCAUAUAAUCACAAAUUAUGCGUCAUAUUUAAACCAGAUAUAAAUUCGGAAUUAGUGAUGCUUUAUGAGAUGUUGUAUAUAACAGUUGGUUACAUUCCGAGCGUGAACUUCAAUUGAUAUUUUAUUGUGAACUAGGAUAUUGUUGUUUGAAAUAAAGAUAUAGAUGUUA